AUGAGCGAACGUGUUUGCAAUAUUCCAAAGAACUUUGCCGGAGAGAAGGACAAGGCUCCAAGAGAAUUUACGGCUCAUGAAAGGUUACAAAACCUGAACAGCUCCCCCAUUCGCGCCAACAACCCCAACAGCUUCGUCGUCACCGACGUCGAUCCCGACGCGGUAAUCAGUGAAGUCGAUUUGGAUGACGACGACGUCGAAGAGAUGUCCUCGCCGAGCAGCGCGUCGGAGGUCCCGCCCCCGUACCUGGAAGUUGCGCGCGCACGUCGCGCUGAGACGGAGGAGCUGCGCUUGCGCGUACACCACCAUUUUUCGCUGCUACUUUCGAGCCUCAUUACCAAACAUACUCACCCCGACGCCCCACCCACCACCAUUACCACCAAGAACAGCACGCCCUCCUGCUUGCCGAAGACGUCGGCCCACGUUCGCGUCAGUGAUUCCAUGGCGGCUUUGGUAGCGGCGAAAAGACCGAAUGAACUGUGA